AUGAGAGAGGAGGUGGAGCCCCUGCCGCCUCCCGUUCAGGUCGGAGAGAUCACCGAAGAGGAAUUGAAGGCCUACGAUGGCACCGACCCGGAGAAGCCUCUGCUCAUGGCAAUCAAGGGUCAGAUCUAUGAUGUUUCGCAGAGCAGGUUGCUGAAUCGGUCAGCAAGGAAAAAAACUAAUAUUCUUGCAUCCAUUCAAAUUCAAAGUACAUAUAAAGGCAACAAGUUGAAGGCUACCGCUGCUCGAGUGGAUAAGGGGUUUUAUGGACCUGGUGGCCCUUAUGCUUUGUUUGCUGGAAAGGAUGCUAGUAGAGCUUUAGCAAAGUUGUCCUUUGAAGAGAAAGACCUGACGGGGGAUAUAUCUGGUCUUGGUCCAUUUGAGCUUGAUGCAUUACAGGAUUGGGAAUACAAGUUCAUGACCAAGUAUGUGAAGGUUGGAACGGUCAAGAAGACAGUACCUGUAACUGAAGGGUCAUCAACUGGCGAGCCUGCUGAGGGCACUGAUCAUAGCGUGGAGAAGCGUGCAGAAAAUGGCUCAGCCGAGAGUCAUGCAGAAAAUGGAACCACUGAAAAUGCUGAGAAAGAAUGA